AGCCACCACCGUGCUAUCUGCAUGAGCAAACUGAUUUUACAGAAGGGCUUUUUGAACAAUCUUUACCAUGAUUUUUCAAGCACUUUUUGAGUGUAUGGACUUCACUGGUUGGCUGUUGUCCGGUUUUGUGGUUUUACUUUUAACUGAUGUUGUCAGAAACUGGAGGCCACACAACUUUCCACCUGGCCCCUGGGCUGUGCCUUUUCUGGGAAAUGUCUUCACAGGAGUGGACUUCAAAACAAUGGACAAGCUUGCUGAGGAGUAUGGUCCAGUGUUCAGCCUGAGGAGAGGCAGUGAGAGGAUGGUGUUUGUUUCAGGAUACAAGAUGGUCAAAGAGGCUCUUGUCAACCAGCUGGAUAGCUUUGUUGAUCGACCUAUUGUCCCUCUCUUCCAUGUUGUCUUCAAGGGCCUUGGCGUAGCUUUGAGCAAUGGUUACCUGUGGAAGAAGCAGAGGAAGUUUGCCAACACUCACCUGCGUUACUUUGGAGAGGGCCAGAGGUCACUGGAAAAAUACAUUGAAGUGGAAAGCAACUUCAUUUGUGAAGCUUUUAAAGAUGAACAAGGACGACCUUUCAGUCCCCGCUACAUUCUAACGAAUGGAGUGAGUAACAUCAUCUCAUCUGUGGUCUUUGGACACCGCUUUGAAUACAGUGAUCAAAGCUUUCGUAAGGUUCUGGAGUUAGACCAAGAAGCCAUCAUGCUUGCUGGCUUGGCUCAGACUCAGCUGUACGAUGCCAUCCCUGGUUUGAUGAAGUACCUGCCAGGACCUCACCAGACUGUCUUUGCCAACUACAAAGAGAUCAUGACUUUCCUGAAAAAGGAAGUCGAGAAGCACCAGGAAGAGUGGAACCCUGCUGACCCUCGUGAUUAUAUCGAUGUUUACCUGUCAGAGAUGGAAAAGAAAAAGGAGGAUCCCCAGGCUGGCUUCAAUAUUGAAACUCUGCUGGUUUGCACUCUGGACCUGAUUGAGGCUGGGACAGAAACAUCUGCCACCACUUUACGCUGGGCCCUCGUGUACAUGUUGCACUACCCAGAGAUACAGGAGAAAGUCCAGGCAGAGAUAGACAGAGUGAUCGGACAGUCGCGUCAACCCAACAUGGCCGACAGACCCAACCUGCCUUACACAGAAGCUGUCAUCCAUGAGACUCAAAGGAUGGGAAAUAUUGUUCCCUUGGGAUUCCCUAAAAUGGCCAGUAAAGACACCACACUGGGAGGAUACUUCAUACCCAAGGGCACUGCUAUUAAUACAAUGCUUGGGUCUGCGCUGUUUGAUAAGAAUGAGUGGGCGACUCCAGAUACCUUCAAUCCUGAGCAUUUCUUGGAUUCAAAGGGCCAGUUUCGCAGAAGAGAUGCCUUCUUACCAUUUUCAGCUGGUAAACGUGUGUGUUUAGGGGAGCACCUGGCCAGAAUGGAGCUGUUCCUUUUCUUUACGAUCCUCCUCCAACGCUUCACUUUCUCUCCUGUUCCUGGAGAAAUGCCCAGUUUGGAGGGCAUGGUGGGCUUCACUAAUUCCCCCAAGGAGUUUAGGAUUGUAGCUGUGCCUCGAUGAUUUUCUCUCUCUUUGCUUAUAUACAUAUUCAGACAUCAUAGCAGGCUUUUUGUUCAUGCAGAAAAAUGCACAGUGUUACCCCUUUCAGGUUCCACUUGUGACAGCUUUAAUUUGGCAUGCCUGGUGGAAUUGCACUGCACUGUCUAGAAUGGCAGCAAUCAGCUCUGUUGGGCUGCAUUGCAAACAGAAUGUGGACAUUAGACGCCCGGUGGAAUUCAGGGGCAAGAGGUAUUUGGUAAUGUCCACCAUAAAGACCAAAGCAUACAGACACUUACUAUUACUGAGUUUCCACAUCUGAAUUUCCCUUCAUCUCUAUGAAUUAUUCCAGACAAAUAGACACUCUGAAACACUUUUACUCUGUCAAGUGUUAGCAGCUCCACAGCAGCAAAAAGGCACUCCUUCACAAAUUCUCCUACUGAGGUUUCUGCUUCUUAGCUAUUUGAUCGCUCACCACAAAAUUUGCCAACACUGCCUCAGAUUGCAGUCUUGUGAAAGCUGCUUGUUGUGCAUCCAAACUCCCCCUAAGAGCAUUAACUUUAGCCAAGCACAUUUGUCCUUGUAGCUGAGUUUAGCGUGUUUGUAGCUGUUCCUUUUCUUUACGAUCCUCCUCCAACGCUUCACCUUUUCUCCUGUUCCUGGAGAAAUGCCCAGUUUGGAGGGCAUCCUGGGCUUCACCCAUUCCCCCAAAAGAGUUUUGGAUUGUAGCUGUGCCUCGAUGAUUUUCUCCACCUUUUCUCAUCCCACACAAAGACAAAGCAUCAGCACAAACCAGCAAAACUCUCCGGUAUUCCCAUGAUCCUCCUACAGAGGUUUUCAGUUAUUUUGUUUUUUGGAGAACUCUUCUUAAGACCAUGUGGAUGUGUGCAAUUAAAAUCAAUUCAUAUUUUUGUUCGUAACUGAAAAACCAGACUUUACAGUCAUAAAUAACAACUUUUUACUAAUGUUAUAUAUGUUAAUGUUAUUAUUAUUUAGUUAAUUUUUACUCAUAGAAGAUGCAUGAAUCUUUCUUUUUUGCUUUUGCAUUCAGAACAGAUAGGGGUAAUUAUUGCAAAAGUUAACAGUAAUGAACACAUUCAAAAUUUACCUCUUAUAACUUCUAAAUGAAAAAUGUAUUCUGUUGAGUGUACAUGACCUUGUAUCAUCAUCUAAGGCCAUGCCUAGACCAUUUGACAGAUUGUCAAAAAAAAGAAGACCCACAAUUAGGUGAGACACAAGAAAAUCACCUGACUGUCCCAUUAAUUGAGGUGGCAGUCAUCACUUUAUUCUCCAAUGCUGCUAACUCAAACAUUUAAUUUCCUUUCCUGAGUUCUUAAAUAAAUAAACGUUUUUAGUCAUAUCCCAGAGUUGUCUGUUUGCAUUAAUUGAUUCAUGACGAGCUUCAUAAACUUAAAGGCACAGAAUGUAAUUUUUUGCUGCCGUGGGUCUCUCAAUGGAAAGAAUAACAAAAAAUGUAGUUUGAUGAUGUCCUGAAGUAACAUGGGAUCAUGGGAGGUGUUGUCUUCAUUGUUUAACAAUUAAAAUCGCACAUGAAAAUCCAUUUGGUGUGACUCAAGCACAAAUGUUCACGGAUGAGGCAACAUAUUAAAGGUUUAUUCGCAUUAUGUUUGGUCACGUCUCCUGAAUUCCUUCCUCACUCUCUGACGGAUCAUCUGGAGUCUCCCAUGUUUGAAGUUAUAGCAACUACAGGACGUAAAGGGCAUAUGAAGCCACCAACAGGUGGCCAAAUAAAACAGGCUGUUAACUCUGUUAACUGUUAACUAAAAUUACAGUUUCUCUGAGUUUGAACAUUGUUGGAAACAUUUGGGAUUAUGUGAGUGCACUACUCAAAAUAUUUAACAUAGGUCUAGUUGUUUUUAGUUUUUUUAACAUGGAAAUGUUUUUAUACCUGUAAAACAAUCACACAGAUGCAGUGCAAAAGUAUUGAAAAUUGUAUAAUGUUUGUCUGUGUUCAUUAUAUUUUGAAAACUUUUGUGAAAAUAUGACUGAUUCCAAGCAAAUAAAGUUUGAAAAACAGUC